AUGGGUGCUGAGGCCUUUAUGGGUUCUAUAGAUCCCAAAGUGGCUGUAGAUUGGCUGAAAAAGACCGAGCGCAUUCUCAAUCAAAUUGGGUGUCCUGAUGACGUCAAGUUUGAUUAUGUUGUAGCCCUCCUCGAAAAAGAUGCUUAUGAUUGGUGGUUAACAGUACCCGGGGUUGUGGAUAACACCGUUCAACUCACGUGGAACGAUUUUCUCCGACUGUUCAAGGAGCGAUAUGUGCCAAUCGUCUACCAAGAUCAGAAGAAGGUGGAGUUCUUAAUGCUGAAGCAAAAAGAAGGCCAGACGGUGGAUGAAUAUGAGGUGACCUUUCAUCGUUUGAUGAAAUUUGCUAUGGAUAUGGUCCCAACUGAAAAAGAUAAGUGCCUUCGAUUUGAGAGGGGGCUCCGUAAAGAGUUAAGGGAAAUGGUAUCCAUGUCUGAUACGAAUGGUUAUGGCAAACUGAAGGCCGCCGCCAUAAGGGUUGAAAUGAUUUUAAAUGGGAACAAGUCUCGUACUCAAAGUUACGGGAUCGAAGAUAGUAAACGGAAGUGGAAGGGGUCAUCCUCAGCAGGUCAAAGUCGAGUUUCUAGUUGGGGUCCUAGUAAGGGAACUUUACUCAGCGCCCUCGAGUAA